CUCUAUUGCUCUAGGAUAAUAUACAAAUGCCUGUUUUUCAUGUAAAGCCUUUAUAAUCCGACUCCAACUUGUGUCCAACUUGUCAAAUCACUCCCUCCACCAGCAGAAUUGCAAUCAAACUGGCCCCUGUUGUUUUCUCCUAGAAGAUCAUCUAUCUCUUCCCGGUCUUUGCCCAGUCUGUCCCUAUGCCGGUAAUGUUCCCUCCCCUUUUUUUUACCAUGGAUUCUUGGAAUUCCUAGCAGUGUUCAAUGCCCAGCUCAGGUGCCAUCUCCACUUCUGAUCCCCAAAGCUGUUAGGGCUUUCUUUCCAAAAUCGUUUUGUACAAAUUUUAUAUUUUCUUAUUUGUCCACAUGCUCUAUUCCUGCCCCGCCCCCCCAAACAUUAAGCUUCUUUAGGGCCAAGACUGUAUUGCCUUGUCUCCCAAGGGUGUAGUACAGUGCUUGGCAUAUAAGUGCAUACUUGUUGAAUUGAAUUAUCCAAUCAUAUGCCAGUGCAUGUAGGUUAUAGGUGUUUGGGGUUAGGGAAGAAAAAGAUUGUACCAAGUUCGAUUGUGAGUGCUGUUUGAUAACUUUUGGAAACCCUUGCCAAGGUAAUCUUAGCUGAAAUGUCCACUGUUUUCUUGGGGAGGAGAAGUGUGAAGUUUGCAAGGUGUAGGGGGUUAGAGAGGAGACUGGCAAGACGCAAAGCUAGCAGCAAUCACUCAAGGGGAGUUUAGCUCGAGAAUAAAUGCUUUCUAAGGCCGCUUGCCCUUUUCAUCCUCCCUCCCCCAGGGCCUUCUCAGCCGCUGGGGCUACCCUCUCACUUUGGAUUCCUACAGCUAAUUUCAGGAGGAGAGAGGUUUCCCCAGCCGUUCUGCAAACUGCCCGCCUCUCCGCCUUCCUCUCCGCCCCCUCCGCGCGGAGUCAGCCAGGCGCCGAGGGCAAGGCAAGGGCGGCGAACGAGUCAAGUUUGGGGACCUAGGGGAGAAGAUGAGCGAGGGCCACAAGGCCACCCCGAUCUGGAGCCAAGUGCCAAUACCCUGUGGGUGCGGGAGCAGGAGGCGACGGUGAGAAGGGACUCAGCAGUCACCCCAGCAGCGGCGGGGGCGAUGCCUCAGAAAAUGGAUAAGUUUCUGCAGAUCGCGCCUCAUUCCCUAGCCAUAGUCCUGAGCCAAGCAGGGGGGCCGAUGGCGGUGAAGACUUCAGCCGUAGCGGAGCAGGGGGCCCCGGCCCCAGCUGGGGGGCAGCAGCAGCCUCAGCAGCGGCAGCAGCCGCCCCAGGGCAGGCAGCUAGCUCGUCACCACAUCGGCUACGAGAUCUUUGCAGACUUCAAAGCGGAGAAUAUGCAGCAUUUCUGGAACAAGAAAGUGACGGCUGCCGUGGCCGAAACCUUCUUCCUGGGCUGGAUCGACGAGCAGGUCCUGCUGAUCCAGGGCAAAGAGGAGCACUUGGAGGCGCUUCGAGAGGGUUGGAUGCGCCGGGCGCUCAAACCUCCCACUGGAUUCCUCAUCCGAUGCCUGGGCUUGAAGAGAUGCCUGUGAUUGGUAAUUGCCAUACACAGAGUUGCAGACAUAAAGUUUGACACUGUUUCUCCAAAGGAGCAGAUCGGAUCAUUGAAUCAGAUGUGGAAGGGACCUUAGAGGCUAUUGAGUCCAAUCUUCUUUUACAGAUGGGGAAACUGAGGCACAGAACAAUCCCAGGCCAGGUGAAGGGAUAACAGAAAUACUUUACUGAUUCUCAGCCAGAACUCCAGAUUUCCUCCAUGGGAUACAAGUCUCUCCAUUCCCUCAGUCCUGUUUCAGGAGAGAAACAUGAAUCCCAUCUCAGCCACACACUUCAUUUGCAGAGACCAUUCCUGAUCUUUUAAGGAGCUUCCAAGCAGCCUGAUUCAUUUCACGCAACUUGGCACUGGCCCAUUCUUCUGGCAGCAUCUCAAACUUGCCUGCAAAGGCAAACACAUGGUGACUUUCCAGCAAGUAUGUUUAUGGGAUUAUACAGCGGGUUCUGAAGAUUUGGUUUUUGCUUUCUUUGGGAAAAAAAAUAAAC